AUGAAGUUCAUCCUUACUACCAUGGCCUUUGUCGCCGCCGCUGCUAUGGGCGCCGUUGCUACCUCGCAGGAGGCUGUGACCGUCACCGUCACUGUCACCGACUGCGGCAGCUCGGUUGGCUCCUCUGCUGGCGUCUUCAGCACCUCCAUCAGAACCAUCACUGCCUCGAGCAUGACCAGCUCUGCCACCGAGAGCGUCCUUCCCACUCCCGUCGGCCCCGUCAGCGAGGGCGGCUUGUCCACUUCCUUCAACUCUGCCACCGAGAGCGUUCCCGCUACCAUCAGCUCUAUCAUUGAGAGUGCCACCUCCACCAUCAUCUCGGGCAGCGCCAGCGGCACUUCCAUCGAAGCCACCAUCGUCACUUCUACCGUCGCCUCAUCCGAAGUCGUCUCUGCUGUCACUGCUUCUUCUGAUUUCAGCACUUCUUGGAAGUCGGCUUCUGCCUCCGAGACCAGCUCACCCUCUGCCACCGAGAGCAGCCGUACUUCUGCCAGCGCCACUUCCACUACAGUUCCUUCCAACGAUGCCACCACCACUAGUAUGGUCGGCAUGACUUGCGUCUUGGCUGCCCUUGCUGCUUCCUUCUUCAACUUGGCUUGA